AUGCAGUCAGCUUGUGCUCGUUACUCCCUUUACCAGAAGUUUUUCAAUAAAUGCUUGCGUGAAUGGUAUUUUCAGAAAGGUACAGGUACAGGAUUCUACUAUGCUAAUCCACCAGGUAUACUUUUCACUCCACUAAGAACUUCGAAGCGUCAAGAGGGGACCUUCUCCGUGCCUAUGUCACAUUGGUUCUUCGAAAAACGCGAAACAGCUCAAAAUGGGUUGCGGAACCCUGACGUGUUUCGUACACCAAGCAACCUGGACAGCCUAGGAGCAGGAACGAAUAUUCUCCAUAUGGGAUACGACGUAUCAUACGCUUUGCCUCUAGGGAAACUUGUUCGAAAGCAUCUGGACGUCUGCCAUACGGCUUUCUGCAAUCAUUACGAUAUCGCAUUCAACACAUUGUACAAUGUCGGCAGGUGA